AUGGAUCAACAAACCCUUCUUGGAGCUUCUUGGAGUCCUAACUGUGUUCACACUAGUCCAACGUCAGAUGCUCCUAACGUUGGAGGCAUUGAUGAACGACAAUCAGCGUUUUCCAUAUACACCAAUUACCUUGAGGCAUUGAACGAGACGUACAUAAAGGUAAACGUGGCCGCAACCGAUCGCCCUAUGUUUAUAGUGCGUAAGGAGGGAAUUGCCACUAAUGUACUUGGCGUCUGCGACACAAAAGGGGAUUUCGUAUACGUAUUAGCCGGUUGGGAAGGAUCCGCAGCAGACUCGUGGAUUCUCCACGAUGCGCUUGUACAACCAAACGAACUGCAAGUGCCAAAGGGUUAUCUAAACGCGAAGGAAUUUCUUGCCCCAUACAUAGGCCAUAGGUACCAUUUGCAAGAGUGGCGUGACGUUGAAAAUGCCCUAACCACUGCAAAUAAAUACUUUAAAAUGAAACACCCAUCGGUAAGGAAUAUGAGUGAGCGCGCGUUUGGUCUUCUGAAGGGUCGGUGGCAACUUCGUGGAAAGUUGUACUAUCCCCUCCAAGUGAAGUGUUGCAUCAUCCUAGCAUGUUGCUUGCUACACAAUUUGAUUAAUAGAAAAAUGACAAAUUGCGAAGACAUAGACGACGUUAGGGAGAGGGACUUCGCGUACGCAAUGGCCACUGCAAGAGACGACAUUAAAUACAUUGAGACGACAACAAGUGGUUUCAGUGGCGGUAUGAAUUAG